AUGGACGGCGGGUUCGUGGCGCCGAGCGACGGAUGCGCUCUGCCCCUCUCCUGUGGCGCGCUCGGGCUCUGCACGCCCAAGGGCUGCACGUGCCCACCCUCGUUCGCGGCGUCGCGCGACAGUGAUUGCGCGCCGUCUGACGCCUCCGCCCCGCUGUCCGUCUCCUCCUGCGGCGGCACUGGUGGCGGUGGCAAUAACAGCUUGCCGGUCUCAUACCUCAGCCUUGGCAAUGGCGUCGAGUACUUCGCUAACAAGCUGGCGCCGCCGACCGUGUCCGGCGACAACCACCAGCUCGGUUCCUUGAUGAAUGCCGACUCCACUAAAGCCUCCGACAAGCUCGGCUACAUCAAGGUCCAGAGCUCGCAGCUAUCGAGACCAUCGAGCAAUUCGUCCUCAAACAGCACCCUCAUUGCCAUCCUCCUCCCAACAGUGGUCGCGUUUGUGCUCAUCGUCGUCGUCAGCGCCACCGUGAUCAGGGCGUGGCGUAAGGAAGUGGAGCGCUCGUCCCGCUCCAGGGACAUGCAGCUCCGGCGGAUGCAGGCGGCGGCGGCGGCGUGGAUACGCGCGGCGACGAAGAGGUUCACGUAG